ACAAACUUACAAAGCUAAAACAACUAAAGAAAAAGUUGACGCGGAUAAAUAAUUGUAUUUUCGGUAACAUUUGAAAAGAAAAAGGAGAAGUAUUCAUAUUAAUACUUAUGUAGAAUGGGAAGCAAAACAGUUACAAUGCUAAAGACACUGUUGCCUUAUGAUCCACCAAGAUGGGCGCAGGGCCUUAAGAAUAUUCCCAAAACCAUGAUACCACUGAGCCCUAGAGGUGAUGAUAAAGUGAGGAUGAUAAACCCCUGGAAUCUUCCUGGUUUUCCAAAACAGUUUGAAGUUUUUAUCAGACGAGAGGACGCUACUGGAGCAGCCAUCUCAGGAAACAAGGUCAGAAAACUUGAGUUCCUAUUGGCUGAUGCUAUAGAGAAGGGUUGUAAACAUGUGAUUACUUGUGGUGGAAUUCAGUCCAAUCACUGCAGAAUCACUGCAUUGGCCGCCAGAGAGCUGGGAAUGACUCCACAUCUAGUGCUUAGGGCAGAUAUCGAGAGUGAAGCUGAUGUUGGUUGUGAGGGCAAUGUAUUGUUGAAUCGAAUGUGUGGUGCUCAUAUGUACAUGGUGCCAAAAUUAUCUCCCUACCUCACAGAACUGAAACCAAGAAUGGAAAAACUUGCUGAAUCCAUUAGAGAGAAGACAGGAGAGGAGAGCUAUUUAAUACCAGUUGGUGGAUCCAACACAUUAGGAGUGUUUGGAUUUCUUACAGUGUUUGAAGAAAUGUUGCCUUGUAUACCGUGGAUCACAGAUAUUGUGGUGGCAUGUGGUAGUGGAGGGACUGUUGGGGGACUCUGUAUAGCCAAUCAUCUCACAGGAUCAAAGGUCAAGGUACAUGCUGUUAUAGUUUGUGAUGAUGCUAAGUACUUUCAUAAUCAUGUGAAUGAAACACUAUCAGAACUUGGAUUGACAGAUGUCCAAUCAGAGGAAAUUCUGGACAUUAUAGAGGGCUAUAAAGGUCGGGGUUAUGGCCUCUCUACUGAAGAAGAAUUAGAGUUCAUUAUGGACAUAGGAGCAUCAACAGGUGUGAUUCUUGAUCCUACUUACACUGGAAAAGCUGUCCGAGGUCUGGUGUCAGAGUUACAGAAUAAUCCUCACAGAUUCAGGGGAAACCAGAUUCUAUUUAUUCACACAGGAGGAACAUUUGGACUCUUUGAUGGUCGGAUUAAUCACCUCUUAAAACAAAGAAACACACCAAAUAGCAGUCAGAUUCACAUUUGGACUGACAUGGAUGACUUUAUAAACCCUAGCUGAUAUUUUACAAGAAAUAUUUAGAUUUUUUUUUAGAUGUUUUAAAAUCAUUUAUUCAGAGACUUUACUAGUAUUCAAACAUUUGAAAGUGUAGAGAUGCAAAAAUAUAAACAUGAUAAUGAACAUAGGUGAAUUAGAUGUGGAAAAUGCCUUUACUGCUUCACAUGUAUAAAAAUCAAAUUCAGUUUGUGAACUACCACAGUAAGUUUAUGGAGUGAAGUUCUUAUUAUUUAAAGGUAUAAAAUUAAUACAAACGAAACUUCUCUGUGGAAAAUUCUCUCAGCAAAAAUAAUUUUAUGGUAAUAGAAAAUUAUGGUUUUCUUGAAAUUUGAACAUGAGCAAUAAAAAUUUUGAACAUGAAUUUCUUUUUUCUUAAGAGAUUGACACAUUGACCAAUUCACCAAACAAUUAACUCAUAAACUCAUAUCAGAUGGUGGCAUUUAAAUCUUGUUCUUAAUAUGAGCCUUGUAAAUCAGCUUAGAUAACUGGAUAUUUCUCAAAAAAGGAUAGAAUGUUGUGCUAUAAAAGUGUAUUUUAAAGGUAUGUAAGGUGCUUGCUCAAGUUUUGUUACGCAAAAAAUGUAUAAUUUUAUUUUAAUGCAUACUUUGAAGGUACAUACAUGUACUUUCUAAAAGCUGGAACAAAGACCCACUCAUGCAUUGUAUGUAAAAAAAAAAAUGUGUUAUAGUAUGAAGAAAUGAUCAUUUUUGCCCUCUUUGGUGUGUGUAUGCUACUUGUAGAUGUAUCUUAUAGAUGAAUAAUUCAAAACCUGUGAGAUUGUUAAAAAUUAUGGAGAUUUUUACAUCAAAUAUACACUAAUGUUAAUUGAAAUAUGGAUAAAAAUGUUAUAUAAUUGAGACUUAAUUUUUCACUUUCUCGUUUGUUGAACCAUGGGCAUUUCUCCUAUCUUUUUCACCCACCUUC